CUGAAAAGCUAGAAUAUCCAAGAUAAUCAAGCAAGAAAAAAAACACAAAGAUGCUGAAGAUUAUUGCAAGCUUCGUACUAGGGUUUCUUUUUGUGAGGCAUGCCUUAGGAGACUUCACUGCACAUGCUGAUCAUAAAGGUAAAGAAGGGUUAUUAAUGACUGGAAAACAUUCUGUAUUGCCUGAUGAAAAGGAACUAAUUGAUGAAAUCUCAAAAAUCGCUGGGUCAAGGAUUAUAGGGAUCGGAGGAAGGAAGAUGGCGGCACAGAAAGUAGUGCUGAGAAAUGGAGAGCUUACUCCUACUACUACUUCAUCAAAGAAUUCAGGAAAGGACAGUAAUAAGGCUUCAAAGUACAACUUCAACGGAAGACCACAAACCAAAUUGAACCAAAAGGGUGGAAUCAAAAUAUUGAAAACUGCUGCCAGCAGUACGAGCAGCAACAUUGGAAUUCCUAGAGAUGAGCCAACAAAACACUCUCAAGUAGAUGAAGAAACUAGACGGCUUCUUGAAGCAGAAAGAGAGAUAGUAAACCUGAUGCAUAAAGAUUAUAAGGGAUCCUCCGGAGGGAGUAUGGGUCGCCGCAAGCCACCCAUACACAACCAAGAGCCACAGCAUUGAGAUGAUCAAAACCUAAGCGUGUUUAAUUAAAUAGGCUCACAAUUUUGCCCCCGGUCCGGUCUUUUUCCCUUGAUCGGUUGGAAUUAGCUAGUGAUCCAAGUCCUGUAUUAUAUAGCUUAUAUUAUAUAGAAUGGGUUUGCUUCUUUAAUUUCUUUUGUUUUUUAUAUCACAGGUAGUAACC